AUGCUACAGAGGAGCUGUUUCCUGGUGCAGAACAUAGAUUUUGCCUUAAAACAUUUGUUUGAAAAUUUUAAGGCAAAGUUCAAAGACAGUGAAUUAAGAGAAUUGUUUUGGGCUACUGCAUCAGCAACUAAUGUUGAUGACUUCAAGAGAGCAUUGAAUGCUUUGGAGAUAGCUCAGCCACAGAAUAGAGAGAACCUUACUACUGCUGCUUGGUUAAAAAAGCUACCAUAUCACCCGUGGUCUAGAGCAUACUAUGAAAUAACUGCUAAAACUGAUAUUUCAAUUAACAAGUUGAAUAAGAGUUUCAACAACUACAUUUUAAAAGCAAGUGAUGAGCCAAUUGUGACUCUUCUUAAAUUUUUUAAAAGAAAGUUAAUGCAAUGGUUGACAUUGAAGACACAAGGCAUGGAGAAAUAUGGAGGCAAAUUAUGUCCAAACAUUGUUAAGAAACUAACCAAGAGUGUAGAGAAGAACAUGCAUUAUAUUGUUGUAUUUGAUGGUAUUGACUUAUUUGAGAUUAACGGUUUCAACAGGACCUUUGUUAUGAAAAUUGAGAACUAUGUUGAUGAGUGCUAUAGUAAAGAGGCAUACUUGAGAGCAUAUACUUAUAGCAUUGGAGCUGUUCCAUCCAAAGAACACUUGAUUGAUAAUGGAAUGCAACUGUUGAAUCCAUCAUUUGUGAAGAAGCAACUUGGAAGACCUAAAAAACUUAGGAGAAGAGUUCCUGAUGAACCGAGAGAUCCACAAAAAGCUUCUACAAAGGGCUUGACAGUAUACUGUAAGAGGUGUUUAAAAGUUGGCCAUAAUAGGAGAACUUGCAAAGAACCUCCUCAUCCCAAGUCCAAGUUGUAUAAGGCUCGAUCGAGCAAUAACCAGCAAAGGGCAACAACAGCAUUCACUUCAGCCCGAAUCAUAGAAGCACUAGUACAUCAAGUAUCUCAGCAAAAUAGCACUAUUGCAGUUAGUGACAACAACCUCAAUUCCUGGCCCAAAAGAUCUAAGAAGAAUUAA